AUGUCUACAAUUAUUACAUCCCGAUACAAAGGAAUAACUUUAGAAGAAUGGGAAGCAAAAACUCAACUUACAGAAACACAAAGACAGGGUGUACUAGAAUUACAAGAUGCUUGUGCAGAAUUACCUCUUCCUGAAGGAUUUUUAAGUGAUCCUGGACCAGGAACCCCACAACGUACAGCAUCACCCACUCCAUCUGUCAAAGAUAAUCAUAAACAAACACCUUAUUCUCGUUUAAGUUCUUCACCUUUACCCAUUCCCAAAUCACGGUCUACUACAAACCUUUUAGCAGCUGAAUUCCAAGCAGCCGAAGCUGCAGCCGCAUCAACACCUGAUGCGUCACUCGGAAUACCUCAACCAAUCGAAACCACGCAACAAUUUUUUGAUUGGUUUGCUAGAAUGGAAGCUGAUAUGGAAAAAGAUCAAGAAGAUGUAUAUAGGAACUUUUUAGUAGUAGUCACAAUGUAUAGAGAAUCUUGCGAUAAAUUUUUGGAACAGAUUGACACUACAGUUAAAUUAUUUAAUGAUUUGGAUGAUAACUUUAAGUUUGUUGAGGAAAGAACAAAAGCUUUGCAGACAGCGUGUGAAAAAUUAUUGGAUGAGCAGAAUAACCUUACAUCAUUAGCAGAUUCAAUAUCCGCUAAGCUUUCAUAUUACAAUGAACUGGAAACUAUUACAAAAUUAUUUAAUUCGCCAGGGGAGAACAUUUGUGAGCAGAAGGAAUUUAUACCAAUACUGGCAAAGUUAGAUGAAUGCUUAGAAUAUAUGCAGAGCAAUCUUAGAUAUAGAGAUUCUGAACUAUAUCUUAUGAGAUUCAGACAAUGUAUGACAAGAGGGAUGGCUUUGAUUAAAAUGUACUUUAUCAGUGCAAUUAAGGGUCUCGGAUUGGAAAUAGCAAAAAAAAACAAUCAGAUUGUUCAUUCAACAGUCCAGUCAGCUUUAUUUUAUAUAAAAUUUAGAGCUAUAGCACCAAAACUAAAAGAAUUGGUUAAUGAAAUUGAGGAAAGAUUUCCAUCACAUAGAGAGUAUUUACUUAUUCCUGUAAUUUAUUCAAAAAUCCAAGAAUUAGGGCUUACCGGUCAAGACAUACUUUCAUUUGCUCGAAAUGGUUACGCAUAUCUUUUAAAUCUCUGCUCGGACGAGUAUUCAUUGUUUUAUAAUUUCUUCUCAACAGGCGAAGAUGAUUUAUAUGGGAAUUUAGAUUUGUUGUGUAGUUAUAUGUAUGAUUAUUUAAGGCCCCGAAUUAUUCAUGAAACUAAUAUUGAAACAUUGUCUGAAUUGUGCACUAUACUUCAAAUGCACUCGAAUCAAGAUAACGUAAAAAGCGGAGAAUCGGAAGGCCAAAGAUUACAAUUUAGUCAUUUAAUUCGCAAUGUCCUUCAGGAUACACAACAACGUCUUGUAUUUCGUGUACAAACUUUUAUUCGUAGUGAAAUACAAAACUUUGUUCCACAACCGUCUGAUUUGGAUUAUCCAAAUAAGCUAAAAGAUAAUCACUCUACAGAAUCUCCAUCAUCAUCACCAGCUAUUUUAGCAGUUCAACAAGAUAAUGGAGAUAAUGAAUCCAUGAGAUCUUUUGUAUUAUCUACAAAUGAAAUUGUGGAUUUAUGUUUGCAAUCUUUAUUAUCUGCGAGCGAGUCUAUAACUAAGGAGAACAAACUUGAUGGUCAGCUAUUUUUGAUAAAACAUCUAUUAAUUCUCAAAGAUCAAAUUGCAUCUUUUGAUACACAAUUUGUGCACGAAGAGAAAGAUUUAGAUUUUUCAGAAAUGACAGUCGCACUAAGUGAAAUUUUACAAAACAAGUAUUCAAUAUUGAGCCCAAAUACUUUAUUUGGUUUAGCCCAAAAAGGGAUUCCAAAAGUAGUUGAAAAUAGAGUUGAUUCGAAGCAAGAAGUUGAUAAAGAGUUGAAAAGAAUUUGUGAAGAAUUCAUUACAGAAAGUGCUCAGGCUGCUAUCGAACCACUAUCGUCUUUUAUAUUGAAGGUAUCUGCAUUUAAAAUAAGAAAUAAUCUUAAACCAAAAAAUCAUCAAACAUUAUUAAAGAAUCAAAGUUUCGCCGAUCCAGCAAAAAUUGUUGAAGUUUACGAAUCAUUUCAAAAUUCUGUACAAGCUCGAUUACGAUAUAUAAUUACGAAGAUGUCGGAAUAUCUCGAAGAUCGUAAAACCGAAUAUAUUUUAUUAAAACCGAUGCAGUAUGAAUUUGAUAAAUUUCCUAAACCAAUAGGAACGUUUGAAGAAGUUAAAGAAUGGGUGAAAGGUGAAUGGGUUUGGGCAGAGUUUGAACGAAACUUUUUUCAUAAUUUGAUGUAUAAUUUUACCAAAUUAGAUUUUGGAUGA